UCAUGUUUUCUCACUCAGUCAAAUCAGAGGUCUGCUCUGCACCUGUGCGCUGUGAUGUUCUGCAGCUUAAUGAUCUCUGAUUGGCUCAGGUUGAUGGACACCAGGUGUAACUGAAGAUCCUGCUCGAUGGAGGUCUGGGAGACAAAGAAAGACUCCACGUACCUGAUGGAAACACAACCGAUGAUCACGUGACUGAUGACGAUUUAACUUUAUAACUUUAUGGACUUUAUUAAAAUAAAAGACUGAUAGUUCAGGGAGAAAACCAGACCUGGAAUAUCCGAGCUGUUUGCACGCAGAGAUCCCCAGAGCGUUGUUCCAGCCCUCUGAGCAGACCGUCCUCCAGACACCCCCUCUCUGGACCUGCAGGACCGAGUUCCCCCCACUCAGACGCACUGACACAGACAGACAGACAAACAGGCAGACCCACUUUAGAGAGACAGAAGUGAACAGAAGCUGACACUGAUUUUAAACAUGACAAAGCUUGAGCAUGAACUGUAGAAAAAUAAGCUCUUAAGUAUUGGUAUGCAGAAAGAACAUAGAUCUACUUAUACUAGAGUGAGCUGAUGGGAUCGAACACUUCUAUCUGUCAUAUUUCUAUACUGGCAGCAGGCUGUGAGGUCUUUCUCGGACCUCGUCCUCGGCCUUUACCAAUCAGCUGAUGGCGGACCAAAACAAGAUGUCAACAAUCGUUAAGCUGCCGGUCUCACAAGGUGAGUAGAUUUUAAAUCAUACGGUUUUUGUAUGUCGUAACUGAAAGUUUCAACUCUAUUACCUCCAAAUGAGACGAUCCAUGUUUUCAGAUUUAGUCCAAGAAAAAAACUGCAUCUUCGGUUCCCGAGUUUAUCAUUUACUCACCGCAGCCGAUCUCGUCGUCUCCGUUGUCGCAGUGAAUUACUCCGUCGCACUGAGCCGAGGCGCUGAUACACUGAGACGAAGAACCGCAACGAAACUUCCCCAUACAGCUCAGACCCACUGUGGACACAAACACAGACACACACAGAUCACACCCAGACCGAGUCUUAAAUUACAGAUUGUGUUUUCCAGAUAGAGCAAACAAACAAGGGAUUAAUGUCAUCAGAGGGAGUUACAUCCUCCUCAUUAGCUUUGUGUUCGAUUUCAGUGUUUGUUCGAUUAACACUAGCGUGACACCAGCUGAGAGUGUCCUGUGUCUAUGCUCUGACUGAUGUUGUUUGCAUCACUGUUAAUUUUCGUCUGCUUCAUAACCCACUGAAAACUCCUAACUGGAGCUUUAAUCGUACUGUAUUUACUUUUAAAGUUAGAGAUCAGGAACUAAACUCCCAGAGUCAAACCCUGACAGAUGUCACCAUACCUUCCUCUAUGUCAGGUCUAUUUUUGAUGAACCACGGUCACAGAUAAUCCUCUGUACUAUCUACACUAACCUAGUAGGGCUGCACAAUUUUGGCCUAAAAUAAAAUCACAUUUUCUUUCUCUGAAAAGUCAAUUUUCGAUUUUUUUAUUUAGUGACAACUUCACUUUAAUAAUCGUUUUUUCUAUCAUCUCCCAAAACCAAACCACUGACAACGAUGUAGUGCAUACGCCAAGCCAGUGGGUAGUGCUGUAACGCUGCUGAGGAAAUACACAAAAGACAGAAGAAGAGUAAAGAGCAUGUGUAUACAGGUUGUUUUGGCCGGACAAACGCAGGCACCAAAAAAGAGUUACGCUGUGUCACAUAUUCGUUUCCAGAUAAAACGUUGUUUCCAUGUGGAUGAAACGCUGAAACAACAAAAACUUUUGCGUUUCCUCCUGAAUUUGUUUCCACGUGCACAGGUUGAUACCGCCUUCAGACAGACUUUACAGCGGGGAGUGGUUUGCUCUUCAUCUGAAACUGUGAAGCCGUACCAAUUCAACACGACUGACUCGCUCUUGUUCUAUUUAACCACGAAAUUAUCGCCUUCUUUUGUAAACGCCAUGUUUGUUUACACUGGUGUGUGUGGGAACUGAGGAGCCUACGGAGCCUCCCCUACGCCUGGAGGCGGGAGAGAUGAUAGAAGAGAGGAGAAAUCGAUUUGAUGAUUUAAAUUUUUUCAACAUUGUCAUCAUCAAAUAAUCCAAUUAGGAUUAAAAAUCGAUUCAUCGUUCAGCCCUACAACCUAGUCAGCGUCUAUUUAACUGAUAAAGUCGACCAGUUCAUGAAACCAUCUGAACCUCUGAUGCUGAGAGCAGUGAUCUGCUAUCACCACGGCAACAUUUGAUACCAGCUGUUUCUCAGAACUCGACAACCACUGACAUCUCCAGGAACACAAACUAGCGUCCUCCGAGUUUCUUCCGGUUAAUUUUCCUGCUUAUUUCUCCUCCUACGUGUGUAACUGUCUGUAAAAAUGUCCCUACUCUGUUAAACAGCCCGUCAAAUUCAAUUUAAAUAUCGUGUCAGUGACCUCAGGAGUUCUCCGCGUGGGUCGGACUUAAAUUAUAUAACAGGUAAGGACCCGAUCAAAUAUUGAUGAGGUAAAGUCAUGCCAUGCUACAGCGGCUCCAUUAUUACCAGCUGGUUCACAGAGCGCAGGGCCUCUUACCUCCGAGGCCGAUACCGAGGAUGAGGAUGACGGCCACGAUGACGGAGGAGAAGAUGAGGAGCUCCAAGCGAUGAGCGAGCAGUCUGCUCUUCCAGCUCUUCUCCAGGUCAUCCUCUAUCAGCACAAAACAUUCAGAAACAAACACAGAGUGAAAAUACUGUGAAGAGCUAUGAAGAUCUGCAAAUGUCAAAGAAGAAGUUUAACAAGGAGGUAGAUACAGCUGAUUUCAAUCCAACGCCAAUAGAUAGAAAAAAGUGUCCAACCAAGUAAACAACUCCAUCAUCAGUCAAACUCUCAUUCACCUUGAUAAAAAGCUCAAUAAUCUGGAUGUGAAUCAAACUCAGUAAGGUCUGUAGAGGUGGAGAAACGACUUCCUCAUGUGAAAGUGAUGACAACAAAGAGCUGAAGGACACGGCAGCAUAAAACCAAAUCUGGGACAGCUGGAUCUCCAUUAUCCUCCUGACUAAGUGUGUCAGUCAUCUCCCCUUUCAGUCAGAUCUCUCUGUAACCCUAUAAGGGUCUCACCGUUCAUGAAGGGCUGCACCUUGGUGAUUGGCAUGCUCGGACUGGGCGCGGUCGGAGGUUUCUGCUCCUCGGGUUUGGCGGGUUCGUUCUCCGGUUGGGCCUCGGUGGAGAAGCUGCCCAGCGGGCUGACAUUCAGGGUGUUGGGGGUCUCGACGGUUGGGAGGUCUUCCUCUGUCACGGAGACCACCUCGAUCUUGGAGGGGUCUGGUUGCUCUGGUGCUUCUACCUUGGGUUCCUGAUAGGAGAUUCAAAGAGGCGAUCACUUCAUAAUGAGACCCUCAAGGUGCUUCACAUUGGCUGCAUCAUUCAUUCGCUCAUGCAGUCACACCUUGGUGGUGGUAAACUACCUUAGUAGUCACAGCUGUUGACUGAUAGAAAUGUGGUUGCCAGUUUGCGCCUACAGCCUCUCCGAUCACCACCAUAUAACCCUCACAAUCAUACACAAGUGGAGGACACACACUGGGGGUAAGGUGGGUUAAGUGUCUUGCCCAAGGACACAAUGGACAGACUUGGGAUAGGGGGGAAUCGACCGCCAACCUUCCAGUUAUUAGACGAUCGCUCUACCUCCUGAGCGACUGGCCUGAUGUCUGAAUGGACCGGUCUAUGAAUGUUUGUUAUCGCUCAGUUAUGGGAUAACUUUGUCGUUUUUCUCACUCACAGUCUCAUCGUCCUCGCUGUUGUCCAUCACUGUCGGCUAAUAGAGCUUAUCAUCGUGUCUAUCACUGUGAGCUUUUAACAAUUAAUGAGACCACAGUGAAAAGACGGCUUAAGGCAACUCAUUUAAAUAAUUAUCGGCUCACUAUUUCACCGUUUCAGAACUUAUCUAGGUUGUUGAAUUUUACUCUAGCAUAGUAAGCAAAUUAUUUUAACCUACUGAGCCACAGACGGCAAUUAGACGUCUAGUUUUGUUUUUGACCUAAUUUCAACCGUAUAGAUUCUGUAUAUUUUUAGAAUUAAGACGUUGCACUUUAACCCAUUAUGAGUUGCAUAACUGAUCUCCAAGUACUUCACCAAAAUAAUUAUGAUAGCUGUUAAGUAAUAUACAGUGUAGUAUAGAUAUAGCCCAGAUUUAGACUUGGUCUAAACUUGGUCUAGAUUUAGACGUCUAAAAAACUUUUAUUUUUAGACCUGUGGUAGCCUGAUUUCAGACCAGUUGUCCAGCCCUUUAAUGCCUUUUGUAUCAUAUUUGAUACAUACUUUUAUAAUACUUCUUUCAAAUCAAUAUGAUCAACAAAUUACUGAAAAAAACACCUGAAUACAGUCUGAUAAAUUAUAAAAAUGUCCUUGUGGUUUAUCAGUUCCCAAAAACAUAAAAUAUAACAAACAAGAUAAAUAAACAGAUUUGUUAAAUUUUAAGGACAUUUAUAUAUAUUUUUUUGGUUUUUAGUAGUAAGUCAAACAUUUUAGCUCCAAAAAAAUUGAAUUUUCAGGCCAUAAUUUGUGGUGUCAGGCAUUAAAGGGCUAGGUUACAUUUAGACAUCUAUCUGACCUCUUUUAGUUGUCUUCAAGUUUCACAUCUCCAAGUCUCCCACUAACCUGGUGAGUCUUUAAACUGACUAAACCGUCUAUCUGACCGGACUGACUGUUUAAAAAGAGUUAUGUUGAGUGACUUACCGUUGGAGGAGGAGCAGCAACGUUGGCAUCAGGGUCUAAAACAAAGAGGUGAAAACAGAAGAAGAAGUGGAUUAAAAAGAAACUGAGAAUCGACCGGUAAUCCUGCUGACAAGUCUGGUUUGAAGAAGUUAAAUCCAACGUACUGAUCUCCACAAAGCUCUUCGUCAUUGUCCCAUUGUCCACGCUCAGCUGUGCGUUGUCCAAGACCAUAUCCCCCCAGACUCCAAAGAUCCCACUCCUCUUAUUUCCUCUCCUCCUGUCUUUUCUUUCUCUUUCUUUUCCCUCUUCUUUUUCUCCGUCCUAUAGCUGCCCUCCUGUUGGGCCUUCACUUUGUUACAAACAGACACCUGAGCAGGUGAUUGCUGCCUCUUGGAGUGGGGAUCAGGUGACCCUGUACCUCCCACUCUGAGGGUAGGAUUACAGACACAUGCGUCCCCUAAGUGUCCGUCUGUGGAGGAGGAGGAGGAGGAGGAGGCUGAUGGUCACUGACGGUGGCUUCACUGUCCAGCUGCUCCCUGGUCUUUAACAAGGAUGCUUUGUCGAGUCUCUAAGUCCACUCUGGUGUCUCCUUCUACACCGUGUUACGAAUUAUUAUAAUGAUGUUUUUCUCAGAUUUUCUAAAUAGUCAAAACAAAUGACCGUCAACAGUCUUGCAUCCAUUGAACUUGCGAUUUUUUUGGAGAGUUUCUGCUUGGACAUGUCUGCAGGAUGUCAGGAUAUCCUCCAAGAGCUGCUGUUUGGAUGUGAAGUUCCUCCCACCAUCAUAGAUCUUUUGCUUGAGGAUCCUCCAAAGGUUCCCAAUAGGGUUGAGGUCAGGGGAGGAUUGGGGCCACAUUAUGAGUUUGUCUCCUUUUAUACUCAUAGCAGCCGAUGAUGCAGAGGUAUUCCUUGCAGCGUGACACGGUUCAUUGUCAUGCAUGUAGAUGAUUUUGUUGCAGAAAGCACGGUUCUUCUUUUUGUACCAUGGAAGAAAGCGGUCAGUCAGAAACUCCACAUACUUUUCAGAGGUCAGUUUUACACCUUCAGGGAACCUAAAGGGGCCGACCAGGUCUGUCUACAUGACUCCGCCAAUUCCUUGCUGAUGUCGCAGCCUUGGUGGGACAUGGUGGCCAUCCACCAACCGCUCAUCAGUGAACAAGACUGUUUGAAAAUUCGUCUCAGGAGGAUCCUUCACCUUGAUGUUUGCGGGGCUCCAUAGACAUCAGCUGCUUCAAAUAUCUGUUUGCUGUUUUUUAAUGGUAUUUUAGCAGCUGUUCUCUUAAUUCGAUGUAUUUGUCCGGCAGAAACCUUCCUUAUUGUGCCUUUAUCUGAACAAACCAGUGUGUGCUCUGAAUCAGCCACAAAUCUCCUAACAGUAUGAUGAUCAUGCUUGAAGUUUCGUGAAAUAUUGAAGGUUUUCAUACCUUGUCCAAGGCAUUCAACUAUUUCACACUUUUCAGCAGCAGAGAUCCUUUUUCUUUCCCAUAUUGCUUGAAAAUGUUGGUCUGCUUAAUAAUGUGGAAGUCCUUCUUCAGUAGUUUUAUCCCUUACCUGGGCUCACCUGACAAACUAAGUAUCACAGGUGUCUGAGAUUGAUUUCAGUGAUCCAAAGAGCCCUGAGACACAAAACCAUCCAUGAUGGAACCUUUAUGACACUUAAAAACAAUUUGCAUAAUAACUUGGAGGGCAGUGUAGUCUGACAUUGCCAGAAAAUCUUAGGCAUCUAGGAGGGCAUCCCAAUCAGGGCCCCAAACCAGCUAAAUUGGAGUCGAGGCUCUACUGAGUCUGAGUCCAUACAGCCUAUUUUUACGGCUCAUUUCUGCGUCAUUUACAAAUAAAGACUUGGCUGAUGAUGAUCAUGAUCCAGAGGAUCUUUUAAAGGAUUUAUAAAAACAGAAAAUAAAUCUAAUAUCUCUCUCUUUUUUUCACAAUAUCUUGUUUAGUGUCCACGCUCACAAGACCUGUAUGAUUUGGUGAUUAUUCCAAGUGGUGGAAACAAAGAAGGUCAGAGAAGGAGGAGCAGAGGAGGAGGUGGAGAGGAACAAAAACAGGAGGGUGAAGUGUUUACAUGUGCAAUAAUGAGGCGCAGAUCAGACGCACACACACACACACACACACACACACACACACACACACACAGACCAGAUAUCAUCAGCAGCAGCAGCAGCAGUUCUGAAUCCAUGACAUGGAGACAAAAAUCAUUUACUUCACAGUGAACGGGAAACCGGAGCAGGCCGAGUUCCCCGUGGAUUGUCCUGCACAGGAUGUCAAAGGUAGGAGCAAUAAACAUGUAAGUCCCUCAAAAUAUACAAUAUGAAUGGUAUGUGUGUAACAGUCAGGAUCUGCAGAUGUGUUUCAUGUUAAAGUACCCUCACAUUAAUUUUGCAAAUUAACUUAAAAAAGGUAAAAAUAUGGAGGUAAAAGUCAGGUCUGAAUUAGAGUAAAAUGAAGUGUUGUGGAGGUCGGCUCAGUUCCACACAGACGUACAGCUGCAGCUGACAGACAGACACUCAUCCUGUCACGUCCGUUUCCUCCGAGUCAGGUCAGGUCAGAAAAUAAACACGCUCUGAAAAAACAUCAUGUCAGGAAUCCAGAUGGAGAUCCACAAAACAGACACAAGAGGAGAGAAAAAGACUGAAACUGUAUUCUACUACGACGGUGUACUCUUCUACAUAAACUGUUUUCUUGAUUUACAACUUUAUUACCUUAAUUUUAUGACCUAAAAUCUAAUUAUUAACAUUAAAACCACAUUAAUUUGCAACUUUAAUUUCAUAAUCUAUAAGCGAAAGAUCAUUUUCACAUUUUUCACUUGCUACUUUAUUCUUGUUUGUUUUCUGAAUUAGAUGUAAAAUUGUAAAAUGACUCACUCAUCCUUUAAAUAAUCCUUGAAAAACCUCGUCAAAUUUUAUGAUCUAGUUCACAUAUUUUCAUGAAAAUGUUGUUAACCGACAACUUUUCUCUGUCAGUUUUGUUAUGACUUUAAUCUCAUAUUAAACAUUUUUGCCUAUUUUUUUUUUUAUAAAUUUGAGAGAAUAAACUUGUUUAUUUAUUUUUUUCCCUAUUAAGACUUCAUUCUGGGAAAUAUAUUUCUAAAUUCCUGAAAUCUCCAUAUUUAUAGUUCUUUUGGGGCCCUAAUCCUCCGUCAUUAUUUAUGAAAUCCACAUCUCGUACGUGGUCUUCCUCAGCAUCUGAAGUUUGGAAACAUGAGUCUUUCUCUCCAGAUCUGUUCCGGGCUGCAGCCGAGGCCGGACCCCACGACAUCCUGAAGCUGUACAACCCCAAAGGCAGCAUCAUCAACAUCUCGCAGAACCUGGAGCCCAACAGUCCGAGCUGCUGCUACAAGCUGGAGGUGGUGGCUGCAGACUGCAACAGUGAGCCGUUAGGUAUCCCUGAGGAGAAUUACUGCGGUUUGCAUUAGUGCAGUGUGGAUAUUUCACACAGUCUAAGAAAGAUAGAGAGAGUGAAGAAGACAGAGCAACUAUUUAGAUGCAAAAAAUCUCAAAGUUAUUUAAAAACAAGAAAAAAAACAAGUAGGAGCAGUAGGAGCUGUUGGCAUCUAUGAAACUUUUAUUCUAAACAGUUUUGUCUUUAUUUCUCUUCCUUUCAGGUGUGGAGCUUGCUGGUGCACUCGGAUUUGACCUCUCAGCCAUGGAGAAAAGGUGCAAAAGUUUAAGUGCAGAUGAUCUGGAUUUACUCACUUCAAAGAUUGACUUGUAAUAAAUGAAUAUUUGUGUUUUCUCAGACUGCAGGGUCUGGAGAAGAAGAUCCUGAUCGAGUCCGGUGAGACUCCUGCGGUCGUGUACGAGAUGAAAAAACAGGUGGAUUCAUUUCGGGAGAAACUCGAGGUACUGAAAGUCAAAGAUCUGACAAAAACAGGAGGAUGUGGAUAAAUGUACUCAAACAGAAAUAAUAAACUCUCUUGUUGGGUUUAAUGUUCCAGCAGAUGAAGACGAUGGUCAUUUGUCAUUUUUAACCUCAAUUUAAAAGCUUGUAUUUGUAGAUUUGAUCGAUCUCACGUCUGUUUCAGAGCGUGGAGCACCUGAGCUGGCUGGGAUUAUUCAAAGAUCUGUCUGAGGGGACGCACAAACCCUCCCCCUUCUACCACAAAAGAUCUCUGCACAAAACCAAGAAAGAGUGCGAACAUGUGCGGGAGAAGUUUCUCCAAAUGAGGCACGUUUACUGACACAAAAAUAAGUUUCAUUUAUUCUUAAAAUCCCUGAAUGUCUAAAGAAGUUAAAGGUUCACUUUGUCACCGCUGCAGCUCUCUGGAGGUCUCAGAAGAAGUGAGGCAGUAUUUAAAGACUCCAACCUUCGAUAACUGGUGAGUCCCGCCUUCAUAUGUUUGAUUUUGAUGUUUUUAAUCUCACAAAUAAAGAAACGGUGCACCUGUUUCCUCCACGAACAGACGUUUAGUUAAUGACAGUCGUGUCUGACAAGCACUUCUGAAGAGGCUGCGAGCCGUCGGCCUUUUCUUCAUGUUGCCACACUCAUUUCAAUAUGAAAAGGUCUGCAGAGAGCUCACUAAUCAAAAGAAGGUCUUCAUGAAAGGUUGGAUCAAUGGGACGUGUUUGAAGAGGGCUUCAUGCAGCUUUCAGCAGAGCUUUGAAUUUGUCGAAAGGAAACCCAAAACAGAAAAACCCUGUUACCGUGUGGAAUCUCAGGUGCUCUCCUGACUUUGUGGACAUGUAGAAGGUCAGACAGUCAGUGGGUGGGUGGAGUAAAUAGUGUUGUGCAUGUUUGUGUUUGUGCAGGCAGUGGGAGGACGCAGAGAUCAUGGUGCUCCUGCAGGUCAUGUACACAGAUCUAGAUUUCAUCGCCACCUUCAACAUCGAGCCUGAAGUUCUGCAGCUGUUUCUGUUCGAGGUCUACAGCAGAUACAACAACAUCCCCUUCCACAACUUCAAACACUGCUUCUGUGUCACGCAGAUGGUGAGUGUGCGCACAUGCAGCCAAAUUAUGAAAGUUUUUGUCAUGUCCUAUAAUUAUACUGGUAAAAGAAAUUACAGGUGACUCCAAUCAGGGAAAGGUUUGCAGAUUCGACAGGUAUAUAAACCAAGAAAGAUGCCAUCGUUUAAGGCUUUAACAUCUGACAUUUAUUUUAGAAAGACAGGUGGAAAAUCUGUUUACUCUUUUAUUAACCUAAUUGCACUUACAUCAUGAGACAUCCGUGUGUUUAUGGUUCAUCCAAAGGGUUAAAAAUGGACGCCGCUCUGCUCACCUUUCUCCUUUUCCCCUGUUUUGAGAUGUACGGUUUGAUCUGGCUGACCGACCUGAGGAGUGAGAUGGACAGCAUCGACCUGCUGAUCAUGCUGACCUCUGCGGUCUGCCACGACCUGGACCACACAGGAUACAACAACGCCUAUCAGGUAAUCUGUAUUUCUGACUGAGAGGGAAUAAAGAAACAAAAGAUAUCCAGACGAAUUUCACCAAACUGAACCGUCUUUCAGAUUAAUGCUCGGACUGAACUCGCUCUCCGCUACAACGACAUCUCCCCUCUGGAGAACCAUCACUGUGCCGUCGCUUUUGAGAUACUGGAGAAGGUAAAGAAAACAAAUCAGUGUUUGUUUGAAACUUUGCAUUCAUGCUCUUCAUGAAACCGACACUCAGGGUUAAAGAGUUUGAUCUGAAAGAUCUCAAGGACGAUGUGGAGUCACUGAUCAGAUGUUUUCUUUCUAAAGGCAGAGAGCAACAUCUUCAGAAACGUCUCCAUGGAUCAGUACAAACGGAUCAGAGAGGGAAUCAUCAAGUAUGUCAGCAGAUGGUCAAGGUUGAUUCCAACUUUGAACCUCAGAGAAAACAUCACUGUUUCAUGACUCAGAAAAAUUCCUCACAGGAGCUUUAGGUAUUCGUCAUUUAACGUAAUAAAACAUGUUUUUUAUUUAUUGUUAUUUUAGAUGCAUCCUGGCCACUGACAUGACGAGACACAACGAGAUCCUCAACAAGUUCAAGUCCAUCCUGCCAACUUUUGACUUCACCAACAAGGACCACAGAGACGUGGUGAGACAGGAGGACAACAUGGGAAAAGGGAACUCUAUUUUCUUAUUCUCAGUUUUAUUCUAAUUAAGAUUUAUAACACACAAAGAGGCUUUUCUUUUAAUGUUUACAGCGAGGAUUUACAGUAAGUUAUACAGUUUAUUGUUUAAAGACAGCAGCAAACAAAUUAUACAUGUAUAAGGUCUGAAUAGAGAGAGAAGAGUUCUCACUUCAUCCACAGGGGGGCGCCAAAGUUGAUUUAAAAAUGAAAGUUUCUGAUAAAAGUUUUAAUGGUCAAAUUAAAGUCAGCUGACUCAAAUCUGUGACUUUUAAUGCUCCUAAGAGUGUCCUCAAAAAUCUUUACUUAGUCAGGUCGAUGCACCUUUUUUUAAAAUGAUUUUAAGGAGGAUAUUGAAAUAAACCAUCCAUGAAACUUUGUGUCCUAACUCUCAACUGAAGCUCUGUCUUCCUGAGUUUCUGUUCAUGUCUGUUUUUCUCAUGUGUAACUGACCAUCAUCUGUUUUUCCUCACUCUGUGUGCAGCUGAUGAUGAUUCUGAUCAAAGUGAGCGACAUAUCGAAUGAGGCCCGGCCCAUGGAGGUGGCUGAACCCUGGUUAGACUGUUUACUACAGGAGUUCUACAACCAGGUAACCGAACCCUGACAAGAUGUUUCUAAAUAUUAAGUACAGAAUGAUAAAGGUUUGUAUGUUCUGGGUUCACUGAUACUGAAAAUUUAUGGCGCAGAUUUAACAUAACAGGAGCUUACUGUACAUUUUUUUACUCGUGUGCCCACAGAGUGACAUGGAGAAGUUAGAGGGUCUUCCCGUCACCCCCUUUAUGGAUCGGGACAAAGUUACCAAACCGUCAUCUCAAACCGGCUUCAUCAGAUUUGUCCUCUUGCCUCUUUUUAUCGAGCUGGCCAACCUCUUCCCCUGUCUAGAGGUGAUUUAUGUUGAAAUACUUACAAUAAACUAUCCAAAAGCACUCUGGGAAAUGUAGGAAUUCACAGUUUCAAUCAGAAAUAAACACAACAGAUGUAAAGUUUGCUCACUUUGGGUAAAUUAGUUCUUCAUUUUUUUUGCAGCAUCACAUUAUCAGCCCGGUGCGAAAGGCUCUGGAUUACUACACAGAGAUGGAGAAAGCUCUGGAGAGAGAGAAACAGAACCGGACUCAGAGCAGAGCCGACAGCCUGACUGAUACUGGACCUGAGACCCCGAAACCAGGAGCACAGUGAGCCAUGCAAGGCUUAAAAACUGAGCUGGACAUCACCUUAAAAGUUGCUUUUAACUUAAUUUAUUAUUCCUCAAUGAUAAAUUCUUUUUUCAGGUAUUAAAAACUUCACCUACGUGUAUUUUACUUUAAUAAGUAAAAUAGGACUUUGGGUGCAGAACUUUUGCACAUCUACCUUCUGCUGAGGUGGUUAAUUGGGCUUACGAAAUGGUGGGAAGAUGGAGAAAACAGGUGUGCAGUCACAGUGGAAGGCAGGUAAACAGUUAGAGAGAGAUUCAGAGCCGACAGACAGUUCACCUUCAGCUGACCCUCCAAACAUCAGACAGUCACAAACUCAUUAGGAACAUGUCUCCCUAAUAGCUCACCUGUGAUGUUAGUAAACUUUCUCACACACUCACUUAAAACCAGGUGUCCUUUUGCGACAAGUAGACUAGGAUGUUCAGCUUUUGUUGCAUUUCAAUGUAGAGCAGUUUUUUUUGUAAGAUAUUGAUUUGUGGAUUUAUAGUUUUGCACAAUUUUGUGAAUAUAGCAUUUAGUUCACACAAGUUGAUUUAUUUUAAACUCUGGCCUGCAGACUGUGAGCUGUCAAUGGGUGCAUUAUCAACUAGUGAACAGUAGGUGUCAGUAUCAGGCUUUUUUCUGUGUUUAGAGGAACCGGUCUUACUUUAGUGUUGUGAAAUUUCCAUAAGUCAAUAAAAGUGAAUAAUGACGACCAGUGGAAAGACUGUGACACUCAUAUUUCAAGUUGGGUCAUGUUAAAUCCAUCAGGAUAGUGCUGGUUUGCUGAAUUAUUAUGAAUUAUGAGAUUAAAAACAAAGUUUGCACACCAAGACUGAAAGAUUUGUAAGAAUGACUACAACUACAGCGUGAAUUCAGAUGUCAGGCUGUUUUAUGGCUCCAUAUGUGGUUGAGAGUGUACAAUUUUUACUGUAUAUACAGAAUAUAUGUAUUUUUUUUUCUCAAUCAGUCAUUACAAUACAUUUUUUAAUAGGCUACACCUCUACUAAAGUCACUGUAAUCUGCUCUGGUUUGUUCGGUUGUAAAUCUUGUUUUGGUGACUUAAACUGAGUUAAAGGACCCUAGCCUAGUUUUAUGUCCAACCUUUUAUUUGUUGUUGGUUUUCAUUAUUUUGAAAUGUGGUUUUAUAAACUUGUUAAACAUGUCUUCGGCUAAAUAAAGCCUCUACUUUCCAAAAUUA